AUGACUAAGGAGUAUCAAGACCUCCAGCAUCUGGACAAUGAGGAGGGCGACCCACGCCAGCUCAGGAAAGACUCCCAGCUACAGGAGGAGCUGCGGGCCCUGCGGGAGACCUUCAGCAACUUCACAGCCAGCACCGGGGCCGAGGUCACGGCCCUGAGUACCAAGGGAGACAGUGUGGGUAAAAAGAUGAAGUCGCUGGAGUCCGAGCUGGAGAAGCUGCAGCAGGACCUGCACGAAGAUCACUCCAGUCUGCUACUGCACGUGAAACAGUUUGUGUCCGACCUGCGCAGCCUCAGCUGUCAGAUGGCCACGCUGCAGGGCAAUGGCUCCCAGCACAGCUGCUGCCCCGUCAACUGGGUGGAGUACGAGGGCGGCUGCUACUGGUUCUCGCGCACCGGGAAACCGUGGCCAGAGGCGGACAGGUACUGUCAGCUGGAGAACGCGCACCUGGUCGUGGUCACCUCCCGCGCCGAGCAGAAGUUCAUCGAGCACCACAUUGGCUUCCUGAACACCUGGAUGGGCCUGUCCGACCCAGAAGGGUCCUGGAAGUGGGUGGACGGCUCCAGCUACGAGUUGGGAUACAAGAACUGGCGGCCAGGCCAGCCAGACGACUGGUCGGGGCACGGUCUCGGAGGGGGCGAGGACUGCGCGCACUUCACCAACGAUGGCCGCUGGAACGACGACGUAUGCCAGAGACCCUACCGCUGGGUCUGUGAGACAGAGCUGGGCCGGCCUGGCUAG